AUGCCCAAAGAGUGUUGGCUGGAGACAGCAGCCAUCCUGCAUGCUGCCACGCCGCACUCGCUGGUGAUUCUCUAUGAGCUGGGGCCGCGGAACGAACUAGUGGACGUCACUAGAGCACCCACCCUCUUUGCCACGCACUUUCACGAGCUCACGGCCCUCGAGACCCUGCCCUUUUCAAUCCUGUCUGUUUUACCCCCACAAUCUCCCUCCCUUCCCCCACCAGGUCUUGCCUGGGCUAUCUGUCUCGCCUGGGCUAUCUGCGAGCAUCUAGUGGACGUCACCAGAGCGCCCACCCUCUUCGCCAUGCACUUUCACGAGCUCACGGCUCUCGAGACCCGAGAUGCUUCCAGUGGGGUUGCCAACUUCCACGUCAGCGCACACAUCGACGAAGCUUCCAGGAAGCUCACCAUGCUUUACAAGGUGCAACCUGUCCCGUGUGAUCAGAGCUUUGGCAUCCAUGUGGCGGAGUUUGCACACUUCCCUCCCGUAGCAGCGCUUUCCUCCCUUAGCAGGGCUUCCUCCUCAUUGGAUUAA